AGGCAGAUGAUACCUGCUCUGGAAACUCUCAGACCAAGUCUGGCUUAAAAGGCUUGAGGGAGGAACAGUGAGCAUCUUUCAAAAUACAUCUUGACCACAAAUAAAGCUUCUUUUUCAAAAUGUCUACUGUCCAUGAAAUCCUGUGCAAGCUCAGCUUGGAGGGUGAUCACUCCACACCCCCAAGUGCCUAUGGCUCAGUCAAACCCUACACCAACUUUGAUGCUGAGAGGGACGCUCUGAACAUCGAGACGGCUGUCAAGACCAAAGGAGUGGAUGAGGUCACCAUUGUCAACAUUCUGACUAACCGCAGCAAUGCGCAGAGACAGGACAUUGCCUUCGCCUAUCAGAGAAGAACCAAAAAGGAGCUUCCGUCAGCACUGAAGUCAGCCUUAUCUGGCCACCUGGAGACGGUGAUUUUGGGCCUACUGAAGACACCUGCCCAGUAUGAUGCUUCUGAACUGAAGGCCUCCAUGAAGGGCCUGGGGACUGAUGAGGACUCUCUCAUCGAGAUCAUCUGCUCCAGAACCAACCAGGAGCUGCAGGAGAUUAACAGAGUAUACAAGGAAAUGUACAAGACUGAUCUGGAGAAGGAUAUCAUUUCUGACACAUCUGGCGACUUCCGCAAGCUGAUGGUCGCCCUUGCAAAGGGCAGAAGAGCAGAGGAUGGCUCCGUCAUUGACUACGAACUGAUUGACCAGGAUGCCCGGGAUCUCUAUGAUGCCGGGGUGAAAAGGAAAGGAACCGACGUUCCCAAGUGGAUCAGCAUCAUGACUGAGCGCAGUGUGUGCCACCUCCAGAAAGUGUUCGAAAGGUACAAGAACUACAGCCCUUAUGACAUGCUGGAGAGCAUCAAGAAGGAGGUCAAAGGAGACCUGGAAAAUGCCUUCCUGAACCUGGUCCAGUGCAUUCAAAACAAACCUCUGUACUUUGCUGACCGGCUGUACGACUCCAUGAAGGGCAAGGGCACUCGCGACAAGGUCCUGAUUAGAAUCAUGGUCUCCCGCAGUGAAGUGGACAUGUUGAAGAUCAGAUCUGAAUUCAAGAGGAAAUAUGGCAAGUCCCUGUACUACUACAUCCAGCAAGACACCAAGGGUGACUACCAGAAGGCACUACUGUACCUGUGUGGUGGAGAUGACUGAAGGGCUCGGCAUAGUGGAUCACCCAGAAGUGGCCCUGUCGGUGCACCCUCCUAACAUUCUAGAGAAUCAGCUUGCCACUAUGGACCCGGAGCUCCUCCCUGUGAAGAUGACAAAGAGCCGCAGACCCAUCCCCCAUCUUAGCUGCCCUAGCAUAGCCUGGCUUUCCCUUCAUUCUUUCCUUUAUGCCAAAGAAAUGAACAUUCCAGGGAGUUGGCUGUACCGUCUGUGACAUGAGACACUUCGCCUCUUAUGUAAUAUGUCGUGAAUAAACCAUUUUUACUUUAGAAACAA